CUCCUCUCCAUUAGCCAAAUUCACUGAGCAUCUUGUGCUGGACAACGUUGCGGUUCCACAUCGCGCAAUCUCGCUGAGUUUAUCACCGUGUAAUGCAUUUUUGCAAUCUAAAUUGUCAAAUAAAAUACGAUAGUGUGUCAGAUGAACUUUCGUAAAAUACAACAAGUGCCUGGUGCUGUACACAUUAUCACUUCGAAUAAGUAUUGUUGCAUAAUCAAUAGUAAUAAUCAGCGCAUCGCAGUGGAAUCGGAAGCAGUAACCAGUAGCACGCUUGGAGAUUCAAGAUGGCGACCCCCAUGCAUAGGAUAAUUGCUCGUAGACAGGCGGAGGCGAAUAAACAACAUGUUCGCUGUCAAAAGUGCUUGGAAUUCGGACACUGGACAUACGAAUGUUCUGGGAAAAGAAAGUACCUACACCGACCCUCAAGAACAACACAGAUGAAGCAGAAGAUGAAAGAAAACGAGACCACAUUGGCAGUCGUGCCAGGGCCUGGAAAGGAAGGCUCCAGUGAGAAAAAAGUGAAGAAGAAAAGGUCAAAGGACUCCAGUAGCUCCAGCAGCAGCAGCAGCAGUGACAGCAGCGACUCGGACAGCACCUCCUCAGACUCCUCCUCGGACAGCGAGGACUCCUCGGACUCCUCCUCAGACAGCAGCAGCUCCAGCAGCAGCUCCAGCUCCUCGUCCUCCUCUAGCGGCUCCGACUCUGACUCCAGCAGCAGCAGCUCCGACCAGGGCCCACCAAAGAAGAAGAAAAAGAAGAAGUAGACAACUUGAAUUUUGAAUUUGCGCCUCCUCCCAGAACUGGGGGCUCGAGCUGUCCGGCGAUGUCUGUGGCCAUUCGUUCUCUCCCUGUAGCGUAGGGCCCCCUGUGAAGGGCCGUGUGCCUUUUGGCAGCAUUCAGUUUUAAAUCGAUGCGUUGGUUUUCUUGCCUCAAGCACAUGGUUGUUUUGUUUUAUUUUUUAUGAUUACCAUAGCGUUCCUUUCUUCUUACACACCUGAUCUAAUUUAUAUCUAUAUAGCAAGCAUCUCUAUAUGAUGGUUUGUACAAAGUGUACAUACUUGUUAAAUUUGCAUACAAACCUGGUAUUUUUUAGCAUUGCAUGAGCUAUUGGGAAUGCAGUCAUUUGAUGAACUGAAACUAUUUGCUAGGACAGAGGGAGUAAUUAACAAUUGUUUUGGGUACGGAUUGAAUUUUUAAAUUCUCUGUCAACUAUGAUAAAAUAGUCUUUGAGAAUAUAUUUUACGAAUGUCGUACUUUGCUGAUGAUAUGUUUGUUGGCUUUCUAAAUAAACAAUAUUAGAAGGAAUGGCCAAUGGAAAGAGUUUCUGUCCUUUGGAGUGAAAAUGCACAAGUGGCUUCUUUUCUAUAUGUUGUGCACUGUGUUGUCAAAUAAUUUACAUUUAAUUCAAGGAAAUUUUAAAUUGAAUUUGUCAUUUUUCUCAAUUAGCCGGUAUAUACAAUUUCAAUUUCUUGUAUAGGUUGGUUAGCAUACAUGCUGUUGCAACACCUAAGUUAUAUUUUUCUGCUUUAAUAACCUGACUAAUCCAACCUCAACCCAUUUAUUUUAUUUUGCUCUGCCUGGUUUUUUUUUUGUGGAAGUCUGUUUUUCUUAAAACAAUUUUUUCAAUAAAACUCAAUUAUCUGAA